GAAAGAUUUUAGAGACGCUCUGCGUAAAAUUUAUAUGUUACCGAUAGUUUUAGUUUUUUAAAGUUGUUUGUGCCAUUCCGCACACCGGUAAAAACCCGAUCUAAGGCUGAUACCACGCACAGUCGAGCAUCCCUUUCAAAAGGGCCGAUAUAGGUUAGAUUCUCUUUUAUUGGUAUCAGAAUUAUUUGUAAUAAUGCGCAUUUUCUCGAACUCUAGGCCAGAAAUCUACGCUCUUUAUUUGUAUAACUUGGCAUCAAAACACGGAUACUCCUCUUGUACUAAAGGAGACAAAUGUAAGAAACAAAAAAUCCUAUGUAAAACUUUGCCCUAAUAAACUCAUUGUUUUUUAGCUUUGAGCUGCUCCUGCUCCUGCUCCAACUAGAGCUGCUGCGAGAACCUUUAGUGAAUUAUAUUCCAACAUCCUCAAAGAUUUUCGAAAACCCUAAAGAUUUCGAGAUGGUCAAUUCGGAAGAGGAAAUUGAUUGCCAAGAUGGAUUCGACUGUGGUGGAUGCAACAGACCUAAUUCGGUGGAACGGAGAAUGGUGUCGUGCGAUAAUUGUUUAGGCUGGUGGCAUCUGAGUUGUGCGAAUCAAUCUCCCGGCGUAAAGGAUCGCCCAUGGAGAUGCACUAAAUGCACAUCACCUUCUGCAGACCCGUCAGAGUCCGUAAACACCGCCGAUUUCAGCACACCCAUUGUGCGAUCAAAGGCUCCUCACUCCAGUUCAACGAGAAUAGGAAGGGCUGAAGUUGAGAACGGAGCUAGGAAGAAAUGUGCGGAAUCCAACAAAGAUUCGUCCGUGAGAAGUGCCGGCAAGUCUGUGAGAUCUACUACAUCCAGCGCCCGCAUCCGGACCGAACUUGAGUUGGCCAGAUUGGUAGCAGAAAAAGAAAUUAAAAGUCGUCGGAUGAGAGAGGAAAUGCGUUUCCUGGAAGAGGAGAGAGCCUUGCGAGAAAAGGAACGGGCUAUCCGGUUAGAGGAGCUUGCUUCUGAGGAAUCCUUCUUAAAGAAGAAGCACCAGCUGGAAGAGAAAUUAGUCGAAGAGUCGGGAUCGGAAAAUGUUUCCGAAUCAGCGCCAAGUGGAAGUCAAAAGGCUGAGGAAUGGUUGCGCAAUCAGCUGGAGGAAAAUAAUAACGAUCCGGAAGAGGUGUUUCCUCGGAUAGUCGAACCGGGUAAUCCGAAUUCAGUUCAUUCCGAACCUAGAAGUCACUCGGCACGAAUCCGUGUGCCAAUUAUGAACCUGAUUCCUGAAGUACCACCUCCAAAGCAACCCAUGAAUCCUUUCCCACAACCGGUAGCGUUUGCCAACCUGAAUAUUGGUCCGUCUGCAGAACAAGUGUUGGCUCGCCAAGUCUGGCCCAGAAAAUUACCUGCGUUUGCCGGAGAGCCUGAGGAGUGGCCAAUAUUUUUCCAUAGUUACGAAACGUCCAAUGCUGCCUGCGGUUUCUCAGACGUUGAGAAUCUUGUCCGUCUUAGAGAAAGCCUGCGAGGGGCGGCUCGAGAAGCAGUGAGAACAAAAUUGACAUUUCCUGACAGCGUGCCGAAGAUAAUGGAAACACUGAAACGUUUUUAUGGACGGCCCGAAAUUCUUGUAAGGAACAUGCUGGCUAAAGUGCGCAAACUCGAAUCGCCAAAAUCUGAGCGUCUAGAUAGCCUUAUUAAGUUUGCCACAGCUGUACAGCACCUUUGUGACCAGCUAGAGGCUGCAGGUCUACGAGCUCAUUUAUCGAAUCCCGAUUUGCUCAGCGAAUUGGUUGAGAAGCUCCCUGCUCAUCAUCAGCUUGCUUGGGUGAGAUAUAAACGCUCCUUCCCCGAGCCUACGCUGAAGGAAUUUGGCCAGUAUAUGGAGGAAUUGGCCGAGGACGCCUGUGAGGUUACCACGCUUGUACCGCCGAAACCUGAGGCAGCGAAGUAUGCAAAACUGUCGCAGAAGAAAGAGGGACAUUUCCAUGCUCACAUUAACAGUGAUGGAAACCAGGAAGAAUAUAGACAACGUAAGCCAUGUCCAAUCUGUGGUGGCAUAGAUCACCGGGUUCGGAACUGCUCGAAGUUCCAAGAACUAAAUCUCGAUUCAAGAAAGCGUGCAGUACGCCAGUGGAAUUUGUGCGAAAUGUGCCUGAAUGAGCACGGUAAUUGGAAGUGUAAAUCAAGAAUCCGAUGUAACAUCGAAGGCUGUAGAGUUCAGCACCAUCCGUUGCUCCAUGUUCCGGCGCAAGCCAAAAAGGGAGAAGCAACAGUCGUUAAAUCUGUUUGUAAUUCCCACAACGAAUUCAGAAAAGCGUUUUUCUUUCGAAUAGUUCCACUUACCCUGCACAACGGAAAUCGCACUGUCGAUACUUUUGGAUUCUACGAUGAAGGGUCAUCACUGACCAUGAUGGAAUCGUCAUUAGCACGCCGCCUAGGAAUAGAGGGAAAGAGGCAUCCGCUGGAAUUGCAGUGGACUUCCGGUGUAACCCGGAACGAAGAUUCAUCCAAGCUCAUUAAAUGCAUGAUCUCGAAGUUAGGAGAUCCGAAACAACAUUCUUUUACCGCACACACGGUUUCGAAACUUGAGCUACCGAAGCAAACCCUCUGCUACGACGAAUUAGCUAAUCGUUAUGAACAUCUGAAAGAUAUCCCAAUCAGUUCAAUUAACGAUGCUCAGCCUGAAGUGCUUAUUGGGUUAGAUAACAUUGACAUUUUAACCCCAAUCGAAAGUCGGCAAGGUCAACCUGGCGAACCUGUUGCCGUGAGAUCACUGCUCGGAUGGGCCAUCUAUGGGCCUAACGAGGCAGGAGAAAGAAAUGACAAGAACUCGGUCCGAGUUAACUUCCAUCACUGCGACGCAGAUCAAGAGCUUAACGACCUCAUCCGACAACAUUUCGUUCUGGAGGAACCGCAGAACCCGUUUGCGCCGAUUCUUGAAUCUGCCGAAGACAAGCGAAGUAAAACGAUCCUAGAGGAAACCACGGUGUUCCGUGACGGUGCAUACGAAACUGGAUUGCUGUGGAAAGCAGAUGUAGUGUGCUUCCCAGAUAACCGGUACAUGGCUGAGAGGCGUCUGAAAUGUCUAGAGAGCAAGCUGUCAAAAGACCCCGAACUACAGGCUAACGUACACCAACAAAUACGAGACUAUUUGACAAAAGGGUAUGCCCAUAAGGCAACCGAAGAAGAGUUGGCAGAAACUAGUGCUGAGCGCGUCUGGUACCUCCCCCUGAAUGUGGUGUCGCACCCGAAGAAACCGAACAAAAGACGGCUGGUGUGGGACGCGGCUGCCUCAGUGGGUGGAGUUUCCCUCAACAAUCAACUAUUAAAAGGUCCGGAUUUACUGGUCCCCCUGCAUUCAGUGAUAUGCAAGUUCCGAGAGUGGCGCAUCGGAUUUGGUGGCGACGUAAAGGAAAUGUUCCACCAAAUCCGAAUAAGAGCAGCAGACAAAAACUACCAACGAUUCCUGUUUCGAUUCGACGCAACACAACCGCCCGACGUUUAUAUUAUGGACGUCGCGACGUUCGGAGCGACGUGCUCGCCCUGUUCGGCGAUCUACGUGUUGCACAAAAUAGCGGACGAGUGUCGGGAGGAUUUCCCGAAAGCUACGACAGCUAUCAAGGAGAAAACGUAUAUGGACGAUUAUUUCGAUAGUGCCCCCACUUCCGAGGAAGCAGCUGAUCGAGCGAUUCAGGUGAAAGGAGCCCUUGCUCGGGCCGGAUUCACCAUGAGAAAUUGGGUCAGCAACGAUGAAUCGGUGCUACAAGCAGUCGGAGAGAAUUCGGAACAGAAAUCGCUCUCACUUAUCAGUAACAUGGGAAGCGAUAACAUCGAGAGGGUCCUAGGACUGGAGUGGAACCCACGGCAGGAUUGUUUCCAAUUUCCUACCAGCCUACGUGGUGAGCUGGCGCCGUAUGUUUGCGGCGAACGACGACCGACUAAGAGAAUGGCUCUUCGAUGUAUUAUGAGUCUUUUCGACCCAUUGGGUCUUCUGUCCCCGUAUACAAUCCACGGGAAGAUGCUGUUCCAAGAUCUUUGGAGAUGCGGCAUACAAUGGGAUGACGACAUUCCGGAUGAAGCUUUCGAGAAAUGGGUCCGAUGGACAAAGCUUCUCCAAGAAAUCAACAACCUUCAGAUCCCCAGGUGCUACUGUGGUGGAGAUCAUGCUGGAGGGUACGAAACAUUGCAGCUACAUGUGUUCACCGAUGCCAGUGAAUUGGGCUACGGAUGCGCGGCGUAUUUCCGUGUCAUCGAGGAUGGAAAAGUGAAAUGCUGCUUGGUGAUGGCGAAGGCUAAGGUGGCCUCCCUCAAGGUGCAAUCGAUUCCCAGAAGAGAGCUUCAAGCCGCUGUGUUGGGUGCUAGGAUGAUGAUAAACAUUUGUUCUAGCCACACGGUGGAAAUUAAGGAGAAAUUUCUUUGGACGGACUCUACCACCGUCUUGUCCUGGAUUAGAUCUGACCACCGAAAAUUCAAGCAAUAUGUAGCCGUUCGCAUCGGAGAAAUUCUGACCUUAACAGAUUCGGAUCAGUGGCGCUGGGUCCCUUCAAAAGAGAACAUCGCUGACUGUUUGACCAAGUGGAAUAAAGAUACGGAUCCAAAACCGGAUGGUCGUUGGUUUAAUGGCCCAUCAUUCCUGUACGAACCUGCUGAUAGAUGGCCACAACAGAAAUCACCGAAUGAAAGCACCAACGAAGAGUUGAGAACCCACUACCUUUUCCACCACAUUGAUAUUCCCAUUCAGCUAAUUGACAUUGCUAGAAUCUCUAAAUGGACCAUAUUGGUACGCAUACUGGCUACGGUUAUGCGAUUUAUUUCGAAUUGUCGUCGACGAAAGAAAGCAUUGCCCAUCGAGACGGUACCUUCCGUAGAGAAUGUGAAGCGAUACGUAAUGCGAACCAUCCCGAAUAUCGAAACACCGUUGAAGCAAUCCGAAUACCAAUCAGCCGAGAACAUCCUUUGGCGAUUGGCUCAAAGUGAGCACUACCCUGAUGAGGUGAAGGUGCUGAUAUCAAAUCGUGAAAGAGCCCUAGAGGAUUUAAUCAAGAUUGAGAAAACUAGUUGCCUGUAUCAACUCUCCCCGUUUGCUGACGAAUUUGGUGUUAUUAGAGUGGAAGAUUGA